UGAAACAACAAGUCUGGCAAACACGACACUAGCUACAACGCCGGCUGAAACAAGUCUGGCAACCACGACACUAGCUACUACGCCGGCUGAAACAACAAGUCUGGCAACCACGACAAUAGCUACUACGCCGGCUGAAACAACAAGUCUGGCAACCACGACACAAGCAGCAGCUACCAAUGCCACCACCCCCACAGUGUUGAUAACACAAGUGACAACAGCAGUGGCAACUCCAGCUACUGUGCUUUUCAUCAUAGCAGGACCUCUCUCUACUCCAAUUGAUCGUACCGGGGUGUGGCAUCACUGAUUUGUGCAUAUCUGAGGCCCCGAAUUGUGAUCCAUCACAAAGCCCUUGUAUCUUCUUGGCUGUUCGCUCAGUCGGCGGUGAUAGGUUCAGAUUUAAGUUUUCAGGAUUCUCAAGUGGCUACAUUGCUAUCAUCAUCUCAGCUGACAGCACACUGGGAGGAAAUGACACCAUGUACAUCUGUAACGACAAUAAGAAUACAUCGGUAAAAUUUUUCAGUGCUCUGUUUGACCAGGGCACAGUGACUUUUGUGCCGCCACUAAGUGUGACCUCAGUGACGGGCAGCGUCACAGGAACAAGGAUCCAGUGUGUAUUUGAGGCACCGUUAUUUAUCCCAAUGGGACGAACCCUAAAUAACUUACUGUCGAUGGGCACUGGAAUUCUGAGUGAAAAUGGAACUGCAGAACCUCCAGAAGUCACAUACCAAGGGGUGGGAGUUGAUUUUAGCGCUACAAACUCCACUGUUCCCAUGAAUUCGAUUUCCAACGCUGACAACACAACAACAGCUGUAAGCACAACUAGUCUGGCAACCACAACACAAGCAGCAACAUCACCUGAAACAACAAGUCUGGCAACCACAACACUAGGUACAACACCGGCUGAAACAACAAGUCUGGCAACCACGACACUAGCUACUACGCCGGCUGAAAUAACAAGUCUGGCAACCACGACACUAGCUACUACGCCGGCUGAAACAACAAGUCUGGGAACCACGACACUAGCUACUACGCCGGCUGAAACAACAAGUCUGGCAACCACGACACUAGCUACAACAACGUCUGAAACAACAAGUCUGGCAACCAUGACACUAGCUACAACAACGUCUGAAACAACAAGUCUGGCAACCAUGACACUAGCUACAACAACGUCUGAAACAACAAGUCUGGCAACCACGACACAAGCAGCAGCUACCAAUGCCACCACCCCCACAGUGUUGAUAACACAAGUGACAACAGCAGUGGCAACUCCAGCUACUGUGCUUUUCAUCAUAGCAGGACCUCUCUCUACUCCAAUUGAUCGUACCGGGUGUGGCAUCACUGAUUUGUGCAUAUCUGAGGCCCCGAAUUGUGAUCCAUCACAAAGCCCUUGUAUCUUCUUGGCUGUUCGCUCAGUUGGCGGUGAUCGGUUCAGAUUUAAGUUUUCAGGAUUCUCAAGUGGCUACAUUGCUAUCAUCAUCUCAGCUGACAGCACACCGGGAGGAAAUGACACCAUGUACAUCUGUAACGACAAUAAGGAUACAUCGGUAAAAUUUUUCAGUGCUCUGUUUGACCAGGGCACAGUGACUUUUGUGCCGCCACAAAGUGUGACCUCAGUGACGGGCAGCGUCACAGGAACAAGGAUCCAGUGUGUAUUUGAGGCACCGUUAUUUAUCCCAAUGGGACGAACCCUAAAUAACUUACUGUCGAUGGGCACUGGAAUUCUGAGUGAAAAUGGAACUGCAGAACCUCCAGAAGUCACAUACCAAGGGGUGGGAGUUGAUUUUAGCGCUCCAAACUCCACUGUUCCCAUGAAUUCGAUUUCCAACGCUGACAACACAACAACAGCUGUAAGCACAACUAGUCUGGCAACCACAACACAAGCAGCAACAUCACCUGAAACAACAAGUCUGGCAACCACGACACUAGCUACUACGCCGGCUGAAACAACAAGUCUGGCAACCACGACAAUAGCUACUACGCCGGCUGAAACAACAAGUCUGGCAACCACGACACAAGCAGCAGCUACCAAUGCCACCACCCCCACAGUGUUGAUAACACAAGUGACAACAGCAGUGGCAACUCCAGCUACUGUGCUUUUCAUCAUAGCAGGACCUCUCUCUACUCCAAUUGAUCGUACCGGGUGUGGCAUCACUGAUUUGUGCAUAUCUGAGGCCCCGAAUUGUGAUCCAUCACAAAGCCCUUGUAUCUUCUUGGCUGUUCGCUCAGUUGGCGGUGAUCGGUUCAGAUUUAAGUUUUCAGGAUUCUCAAGUGGCUACAUUGCUAUCAUCAUCUCAGCUGACAGCACACCGGGAGGAAAUGACACCAUGUACAUCUGUAACGACAAUAAGGAUACAUCGGUAAAAUUUUUCAGUGCUCUGUUUGACCAGGGCACAGUGACUUUUGUGCCGCCACAAAGUGUGACCUCAGUGACGGGCAGCAUCACAGGAACAAGGAUCCAGUGUGUAUUUGAGGCACCGUUAUUUAUCCCAAUGGGACGAACCCUAAGUAACUUACUGUCGAUGGGCACUGGAAUUCUGAGUGAAAAUGGAACUGCAGAACCUCCAGAAGUCACAUACCAAGGGGUGGGAGUUGAUUUAGCGCUCCAAACUCUACUGUUCCCAUGAAUUCGAUUUCCAACGCUGACAACACAACAACAGCUGUAAGCACA